UAUUGUUUUUUUGUCAAUUUUAUGGAGUUCCUGAGAAGGGCUUUUCUAUUUAUUCAAGAAUUUUUUUUUUGUCACGAUCAGGAACAAGAGGAGUCACCAUAUUCCAAUGAGCAGCCAGUUCACAAAUUGUCAAAAAAGGAAAUGGCUGAUCGCCUAGAAAAAAUUCUUAAAAAGGAAAGUGGCGAUGAUGGCUAAAGCUACUACUUGGAGGGUAAUCUUUCUUUUUCUGAUGUUUCCUGACGUACUGGAGUGAUAACAUUUGAAUUUCUCUUACAUUCUACGUUCCCGAAACGGAUCCUAUCAAAUAUUUCACAUUUUCUAUGAUUAUCUCUAUUUCAGGUAUUCGGGGAAUCCUCCUUAAUAGACGAAAUAUUCCUAUUAUGUCAAUGCCAAUUGAAUCAAUGUUAUUAGCUGUGAAUUCGAACUUUUUGGUAUUUUCUGUUUCUUCGGAUGAUAUGAUGGGUCAAUCAUUUGCUUCAUUGGUUCCAACGGUGGCAGCUGCGGAAUCUGCUAUUGGGUUAGCUAUUUUCGUUAUUACUUUCCGAGUCCGAGGGACUAUUGCUGUAGAAUCUAUUAAUAGCAUUCAAGGGUCAGGGCCUUUCUCGCUGGGCGAAUUGAGUUCGCAGGCUAGAAAGAUGCUAUUUGCUGCUAUUCUAUCUAUUUGUGCAUCAAGUUCGAAGAAAAUCUUAAUUUAUAAUGAAGAAAUGAUAGUAGCUCGUUGUUUUAUAGGCUUUAUCAUAUUCAGUCGGAAGAGUUUAGGUAAUACUUUAAAAAUGACUCUCGACGGGAGAAUCCAGGCUAUUCAGGAAGAAUCGCAGCAAUUCCCCAAUCCUAACGAAGUAGUUCCUCCGGAAUCCAAUGAACAACAACGAUUACUUAGGAACAGCUUGCGAAUUUGUGGCACCGUAGUAGAAUCAUUACCAAUGGCACGCUGUGCGCCUAAGUGCGAAAAGACAGUGCAAGCUUUGUUAUGCCGAAACCUAAAUGUUAAGUCAGCAACACUUCCAAAUGCCACUUCUUCCCGUCGCAUCCGUCUUCAGGACGAUAUAGCCAGAAGGUUUCACGUCUUAGUGGGGAAAAGAUUUAGCCCCUGGUGUAUCUCGAAAGCAGAAAGAGUAGAACUCAUUCGAGAGAGCUUGGUGGUCUUAAGAAUGGUUCGGGUGGGGGAUUCUUCUAAAAUAAAGUGAAAAUGCCAUGGAAGAUUCUCUUUUUCAUGUUUGGUCUGGAUAUGGAUAGUCUAGUACUGACUAUGCAUAGGACUACUAAGGUGAAAAGACAGGAUGUAUUCCGACGAAAUGCUAUGGAUUCUAGGCGGACUAUAAUGAGGAGGACGACAGAC